AUGCCCUCCUCUGUGAACGGCGAACACACCGCUGCGGAGGCCGUGCUGACUGGCACCUUCGUUCUGCAGUUUCUGUCCGUGCUCGAGCUGGAUGAGAAGACACCGGCCAUCGUGCUCCUGUACCGCUCCUACACUCCAUCGGACGGCAUUGAGCAUAAGCGAUGGGGCCACAGCCAGCACGCAAAGGACCCAGACAUGGGCGACCGAAUCUCGCGCAUCAGCGCCACUCCAGACUACCAGCCUGACAAGCAGCGGUUCGAGCAGAAGUUCAAGCUAUCCGUCCUGCUCCCCGUCGGACCGCUCGGCUUCGGCGCGCUCGGUAGACUGAACAACGACACCGGCUGCGCCGUGUGCGAGGAGCAGCGGAGCAGCCGGUGCUCGCAGUGUCAGUCCUUCGCGUAUUACGGCGCAGGUACGUACCCAUGCUGCAUCGGCGUGCUCCGUUGCAGGCAGCCCGCUGAGCAGCCGGUGCCCGAUCAGCCUGACUGGCCUGCACACAAGGCGACGCGCCACUCCUUGCAGGGCGGACGCUGGGUCACCGUGGACUUUCGGACGGCCCUUCCGGGGCUCGAAGGAGAGGUCACUGAGUGGGUCCGCCGGCUGGGCGUCGAUCGCGGCCAGGGGCUCCUCAGGACCCGGACCGAGACGAGCGCCGUCCCGCCGAACGUCCACAGCGAGAAGGUCUUCGUCGUCAAGCUCCAGGGCGGCAUGGAGGCUGCGGCGGCGACGAUUCUGGUAUACGACCGCCAGCACUCGUUCGAGGACGUGCUCUUUCUGGGGGAGGACGACCCGGAAACGUACGCCGCGCUCGUUGCGGAAGUACGCGGGCGGCGCGGCGGGGAGCAGGGCGUGAAGAUGCAUCGCUGGGCACGGCGGAUUGGCGACUAUCGGCUGAGCAUCUGUUUGGACCGCCAGCCGGCGACGCCGAAGUGGUGA